AUGUGGACAAGGAGGGUGAGGAGCUUCAGCAACCUCCAGGCAAAGCUAGGGUACCUGUUCAACUACGCAGGUCGCAAGCAGCUCCUCGUCAAUGCGAUGAAGACGUACCUGAUGAUCUUCAACAGCCUACCCACGCGCCCGCUCACACUCUACCUCGGCGACACACAACUCACGUACGUGCGCGAGGUCACCUACGUCGGAGUGCCCCUGGCCAGCGACAAGGCGAACAUCUGCGUCCCCUUGUACAAGGUCACCAGGGACAAGGCGAACAGGGCGGCAUGGGCGAUCACGGGCGCCGACUCGGUUCUGAAGGGUAUGCCUCCCGCGGCCGCUCGCCUCCUCUACACGGCGCGGGUCGACGCGCUACUCACGGCAGCAGCCGACAUCGUGCCCGACAUGGACCGUAACAUCGAAAUGCUGGAGAAGGUGCAGGUCUCUUUCUUGCAGAGGAUCCUCGGCCUCUCUUCGCAAUCGAUGAAGCUGCCGCUGUUCACGGAACUCGGCCUCAUGCCAUUGCGGUACUGA